CGCUCUGAAGAUAAUUUGGUUUGGACUAUCUACCGACUUGCAGUAUGACAUCGAUGAAGCGUGCGUUUUACUUAUCGUUAUCAGCAAUCAGCAAGAUAAGUGUCAACGACAGGGAUUUUCAUCCCUGUUCAAGACGUUUCUGAUUCGCAUGCUAGAGUGCUUGUACGACAGUUCAAAAAACUUGUUGGAUAACGUCGCGACACGGCCCGUACGUUCCUAUCUUCUUCGCAACGAACCGAAAUCAUAGUUUCCCAAUGGACAAAAUACGUAGGACGAUGCAUCGCAAAGCAUGGUGAAUGAGGGGGAUGCAAAUGCUGGUGGUGACAAUAAUCAUGGCCAUGGCACAGAUGCCGAUAAAGARAUCUACAUUUCUGACCAUUCCCGCUCGAUGCGAAACGCAUAUGACCACUGCAUCAAGCUGUUUUGUGGGUUGGAAGCGACGAACGAGAAAAAUAGUCCACCUUGCGAUACGAGCACAGGCACGAACAAAAGGACAACGCGUCCAAUUCAUAGAACAAACAGAACUCUGCAAACCCUAUUGAAGCAUAGAUACGGCAAUGUCUGCAAUAACAUAGGAAUAGAGUUCGAAGAGCACCGGAAUCGACGAGAGGAGGCGUACCGGAAUUUUUGGUCUUCUCCCCCCGCCCCGUUUGCUGCUACCGACCAAYCUGCUGCGCAGAGGUCUAUCGCAAUUUCUAGCGAUGUCGCAACAGAACCAAACACGCCCGUUUCGCCAACCAUCGAGACAAUGUGGGUUCAGCUGGCGAACAACGAUAAAAAUCCCGACGGACAGCAAACCGCUAUCUGCCCGAAUCAAGUGCGCUACUUUCAAGAUCGUUUCCAGGACCUAAACAUCCCGUGCCUGAUCAAGGGCUUGGAUCGAUUACCCCAUUACGAGUAUGUGAACCAAAARUGGAGGAUUGAAUCCUCCCGCACAGGUUCUUCYGGCGGAGAAAAGACGGACCAAUAUGAUUUAUUUGYUCAGAACCAGMAACGACUGCAUGCCAAMAACCAAGAGGAAAACACGGUUGCAAAGGUCAAUCGACAAUGGUUCCGAGACGAACUCGGGGAAAACUUGCUCGUACCGCUUCGCUACAUUCCACCAAACGACGAUGACGCCCCAARCUAUGGUACAUUGAACUCGGCCUUGAUGCUCGACGAAGACGGGCGGGCCGUAGAAUGCGAGACUCRGGAAGUAUCCAUGAAAGAAUGGAUCGACUCGCUAGAACAGAUGGACCAAAACCGUCAAGCCGGCGGUGUCAAACCGAAGGACGGAGCCCGYCCUCGAGAUGACAACAACAUCCAAGGUUAUUUCAAGGGAGGAGGACUGAACACAACAAUAUAUUAUCUCAAAGAUUGGCAUUUACAACAACAGUUUCCGUCAAAGUUAUCGAAGCCACCAUGUGAUAGUGAUAUACCGUCAUUAGUCUCCCGAAGCAAUCUUUCUUGCGAAUCUUCGCUGUAUCGCUGCCCAGAAUUCUUUGGACACGACCUGCUGAAUUCGUUCCUCAUAAGAUUCACAAAGGGUGACUAUCGUUUUUGUUACUGGGGCCCCCCUCGGUCUUUUACAGCAAGACACUCCGAUGUCUUGCAUUCCUUUUCGUGGAGUUACAAUGUUGUGGGGACGAAGAAAUGGACCUUUUAUUGCAACGAAGAUUCUAAUUUGGAUGGCAAAAUGAACGAAUUGGAUUCAGAGGAUACCAAUACAUGUGAGGAAAAAAACACGAAGACUUUCUCAAUCGUUCAAGAGUCUGGGCAAACUAUUUUUGUGCCAGCGACAUGGCAACAUCACGUGGUAAAUCUAGAGGAAACAAUUUCGAUCAACCACAACUGGAUUACUUCCUCCAAUCUAGACCUUGUGUGGGAUUGCCUUGGGGUGGAGAUGGCAGCGAUUCAAAAGGAACUAAUAGGYUGGGGCAGCGGUAUGGAUGAAAACAUGGAGGCGUGCGAAAACAUGCUCCGUGGGUGUCUUGGGCUGGACGUCACUAGCUUUGUCCUGAUGACACUCGUUCGGGUGCUAGAGAUAUAUGUGGUUCUGGUUUUUGAAGAGGAURGCGGCUCUUUGAUUGCCGAGGACCAAGAACGCGAACGACUCUUUUUCGACUUGUUUCUAUUGACUUCGGUUCUUCGAGAUGUGCUGGCGACAAAGGAUGACUUGUUGCAGCUGAAAAAUAGAUUUAGUGCCGUCCUUGAGUCGAAUGAUCUUGCUCAAAACCUUCAAAGCAUGGUAGAAAGUGUGAUUGAUUGGGAGAAAGUGCUAAAUAUCUAAGGUUUUGARWUGAAAAUGCUAACUAGACAA